AUGGCGACCUCCACGGGGCAGGAUGGAAAAGCUGCUUCCACAUCAGACGCGGAUCUUUUACUGCACCCUGAACUGUUAUCGAAGGAGUUUCUACAGCUGAUUUUAACUGAGAAACGAAUGAAUACCAGGGAUAGCGGGGGCCGGGACAAGCUUACAGAGCUGUACGUGAAGCAUGUGAUGCCUCUGCCGCAGAGGACGUUACCGAGCAGCCGCUGGGGACGGAGAGUGGAGAAGAGCCGAGGGAGAGCAGCACCGGCCGGUCACAGUAAUGACCACAACAGGAAAAGGCCGCUCAUAGUGUUUGAUGGCUCUUCCUCUAACACUGGACCCCUUAAAGUGAAGAAACCAGAGGGAUCGACAGUGUCAGCAGGUGCCACAGAGAGGUUAAAGCCUCCUCCUUCUUCAAACCUGUCCAACCCCAUCCGCAGGCUGUCUGGAAACACAUCAUCAUCAUCAUCGUCUUCAUCUAUUCAGUUGACAGCUCGCAGCACAGACACGGCAAACCUCAAACGAGAAGCUAAUGACACGGGUCCACUGAAGUCUCCAGACCUGAAGAAAAAGAUUCAGCAUGUGACAUGGCCCUAACCUCUGACCCCUGUUCGGACAGACCCGAUGAGAACUCAGGCACGCUCUCAUCACUGAAAACCAAAUGUUGCCCUCCAUCAUGUUUGUGCCUCCUUUAACAGGUCUUCCAGUUAUUGUAAUAAAGACGGAAUCAGCUGACCAUUUAUCCGCAUGUCUACAUCACCUCGCUCUCAUUCAUUUGCGAAGGCUGACAUGAUUUGGUGGAAGUCAGAAGAUGGUUUACAAUGACCUGUUUUAACAUUACAACCUUCCUUCUAGUUUUUCCACAACCUCAAGUGCCCUUACCAUCAGUGAUUAGUAACUCCUGUGCAGUUCUACUCAUGGAGAUGGUCUGGAUGACAAGACAAGGGAACUUUGGUUUGCCAAGUGUGAGUUUUGUGGCUGUAAAUAUUCAGUUUCUGAGGAUGGGGAGGAUUGUUAAAGUUUGUAAGGGUGAGUUUCGUGGUUUGGUUUGGUUUCGUGACAAAGGGACUGAUGUUGAAACAGAGGCUGUGCUCCGACUACAGGAAAAAGUGGCCUGAAUCUGAUCUUUAUGAUAUCAGUUCUGAUCCUGGCUGCUUCUCUAUGUGGAUCUGAUCUUGGAUGCAGUGUGACCUGAACAGUCAGAUGACCAUUCAUGUGACUCUUACACCUCUUAAGAUUCAUUACACCUGUGUCCUGGAGGGAGUCGCCUACAUAUGAUAAAGGAGCUGUUGAAAUGAGCUCAACCGUAAAUAUGUGCAGCGUACACAGUAAUACAGCAAUAAAAUGAAUCCAAAACAUCAUAAACAAUAGUAAAAUACUGACGGGGACCACUACAUAUUGACUAUACAUAUUUUUACCUAUAAGAAACAUUUGGAAGGCACCAUCUUUACUUGUGGACUAUUUUCAGUGUGCACUAAUACUUUUACUGAAGGAAACGAUUUGAACCAUUCAAACACCACUGCUUUUGCACGUGUUCAGAACUGUGACAACUUCACACUGUAUACUGAUUCAGGCUACAUAAAAAAAUUUGAACAGUAAAAAAACAAAAACUAAUCUGAAUUGAACUAAGACUGGCAGUGUGAACGUAGCCAGUCGGUGAUGGAUGUUUACAGAUGCACUGUGAAGACAUUAUGCGAUAAUCACAGUUGAUGCUGAACAGACGACACUGUAGAAGGUGUAUAUUUGACCUUUGAACAGGCUGUUAAGUGUCUUUUUGGUUUUCAGUGUUUUGGAUGAGCUCCAUCCUCUAUUGGUUUGUGUUUUUACAUUCUAGGGUAGUAUGGCUUUGUGCAAAGGCUGCACAAAACAUGAGCCAAAAAGGUAUUAUUUUCUAUAGCUGUGUAGGGAUGCAAUGAUUUGUUCAAUUCUAGUAAUAGUAAUGGUAAUAAUAAACAAAUGAUUGUUUGCAUAGAGGCUUUUCAGCAUCUUAUGCUUUCCUUUACCAUAUCUGGUGGUAAAUGUGAUGAGAGAAUGCAGUAACCAUUUGAUUCCACUGUCAAAUGCCAAUUUAAUAAUUGUACAUCAUGUUUCAUUAUUUAACUGUUUUGUUGAUUUAAGUACCGUAAAACUGUCCGCAGCUUUGUGACCCAUGUUUAAUACUAACAUGUAAUAAACUUUGUAAUAAACGUG